UUGCAAACUCUUAAGACAAGAAAAGGAAACCCAGCUGCUUGAAACAGUCCCAUUAAAUGCCCAUAGUGUCAACUUUGCACUCGAGAGACAGGAGUGCUGGAGCAAAUCAAGUGUGUUUGGGAAAGAUAAUGGAAUUUUAAUCUAAAUAAAUAGCACAUUAACAAUAACAACAAGAGACUGUACUCCAUAUCUUGGGUUUGCUGGUUUACCACAAAUUAUUCUGGAGGAAAUAAAAUUCUGAAAGGACAUAAAAGCCAAGCAAAGAACCACAUUUGGAGAUGUAUUAGUUUAAAUAAAAGCAAAUUAAGGAUGAGCAACAAACUUCUUGCAUCAAAAAAAGCCAUGGUGACAACUGAGAACCAGCUUGUGAACAUAGCUGAAGAUUCUGGGACUGUGAAAAGUCCCGAACGACUUGAAAACAGACUGACUAUUCAUGAUUUUAUGAAAAUGCAAGAGCUUUUUAAGCUUCUAGAAUCAAAUGAGAACGUGGGCACAAUGACGAGAGAAGAGUUUGUGAACAAAAUGUCCACAGCGGUUCGGCAAGGGACCAAGGAAGAAUACGGCGAGCUGUUUGAUAAGAUAGAUUUGAUCCGAGAUGGCGUUAUUGACUGGGACAAACUGACCUCCUUUGUGCUGCUCGAGCUGUAUGAGAGAGAUGAACGGGCCAAGUUAUUGGUCAUCCCCCACUGGAAGGACCUUCGGCUUCUCCCGCUGAUCCAUAAAGAUAUUGUUCAGUAUGUAACAUUUUUGAAAAGCUCCGCCAGCUACCUGACUGUGAGCAGGAGUGGACUGCUGGGCUUCUGGGGAGAGAGUCUAAAGUUACAGAGGACUCUUCAGAUCAGUACAGAAGCUGUCAAGCCGAAAGACCUCUGGGUGACCUCUCUGGUUGCACUACCAAAUGUUAACAAGGUAGCUGUUACAUUUACCAGCAAAGAGAUAUAUUUUGCUGAGCUGAAUUCCAAACAAGGGCUCUCGUAUCAGUAUAGACUUCAAGGCUUCGAGGGAACCGUGAUCAGUAUGGAUUACUGGUACAAUGCACAUGAUGGCAACGAUGCUAUUCUGACAAUGGGGGAUGUCUGUGGGCAGGUUCAAGCAAUCAUCUUCAACACAGCUCUGAUCUCAUUGUUUGAACGGCCUUCAAAUUCUGCUGAAGAUGAAAAUGUGACAAUGACUAUUAAUUGGCAGGAGCUGGUCACUGGAUGUCACAAAUGCUGCUACACAUUAAGGCACAAACUCCAUGAUAAAGAAUGGGUGAGACAAGUUGCAUACGUCUCCUCUUUAGAUGUCUUUAUAUCUGUUACAACCAGCAGUACAAACACGCUUGUGUUGGCUUGGAGAGAGAAAUUAAGUCCUCGCCUUACAGUGACAACUUUCCAUGUUGCACAAGGAGUCAACGCUUUCGAUUUCCAUCCCAGGCUCAACUUGAUAGCGACUGCAGGAAUUAACCGCCGAGUUUGCCUUUGGAACCCUUAUGUCACGUCUAAGCCUGCUGGAGUCCUGGAGGGCCACUCAGACAGUGUCAUAGCUGUCCAGUUCAUGUCCGAGCGCAAACUGCUCUUCAGCUUUGGAAAGGAUAAGGUGUUAAGGAUCUGGGACAUUCAUCAUCAGCUUUGUAUCCAGCGGAUUUCUGGUUCCUUUCCCAAAAGCCUAGACUUCCACUCCACUCUUUACUUUGAUGAAUCCCGCGGACGUCUUUUCAUCUCGUUUAACAACCAACUGACAUUGCUGGAGAUGGAGCAGGAUUCAGGCAAAAGCCGAGUCACAAGUCACAGGAGAGUGGUUACCUGCAUUCUUUACAAUUCAGUACUCAAGCAGGUAAUCAGCUCAGAUGCAGGAUCUACAGUUGUCUUCUGGCUGCUUGAAACUGGGCAGAAAAUCAAGGAGUUUACUGGUUGCCAUAGCAAUGCUGAGAUCAGUACCAUGGCUCUUGAUGGGACUCAGACCAGGCUGUUCACCGGGAGCACAGAUGGAACAGUGAAGAUUUGGGACUUCAAUGGACAUUGUCACCAUAAACUCAAUGCUGGAAGAGACCGAACAGUUGAAAUCUCCCAGAUCUUGGUGCUAAGCUGGACUAUAGUAGUUCUAGGUUGGGACAGGAUGAUUACCGUCUUCCGCCUGAACAACUUGACUCAGUUUCUUGUUCAGCCUUCAGAAUGGAAAGGAGGAGCUCAACACCAGGAUGAUAUCUUAUGUGCAGCUUUUUCCCCUCCACAGACUCUAGUUACAGGGAGUUCUGAUGGUGAAAUUGUUGUGUGGAACAACAGCACAGAAAGUGCUUGCACUAAGCUUUCCUUGUAUCCUGGAAGAUCACUGGAAUCCAGUUCAGAUUCUCAAAUGCAGCAGAAUGUAACUUCUACUGGCAGGCUGUCCUAUAGAAGACAUACACUGUCUGCAGCUGACUACGCUGACUCUGACGCAGAGAACUGCAGUGCUAUUACUAGACUCUUCUUCCUAGAGGCCAGGAAUAUUUCAGUGUCAGGUGGGGCCAACCUAAUAUCCUGUGGUGGUGCUGGUUGUGUCAGGUUUUGGAAUACACAGAGGUGCAGGCUCCUGGCAGAAUUUGAAGCCCACAGCGGAGUGGGGUCCAUUAUCAUGACAGUGGAUCAGAGGAGCCAGUACCUCGUAACGGGGGAUCUGGUUGGAUGGGUGAAGAUCUGGAACAUAGAGGACUACUGCCUUAUUUUGGGAGAAAGUGUGAUAACCCAGCAGCCCCCUCUGAUCAGAUCUUUCCAGAGACAUGAUGACUCUAUCACUUACCUGGAGACAUGCAUACAAAACAACUGCCUUUUCAUCCUCUCAUCCUCGACAGAUUGCAGCAUAGUUCUUACUGACAUUUUCGGUGUUCCAUUUGGAAUAUUUGGGCAGGAAGGACAUUGGAGAAUUGGAAAUCAUGUUCCUUCCCUCCCCAGAGGAGAAAACAAGGUCCAAGCAGAGGAGAAGAAUGACAUCAAAAAGAACAAUUCUAUGCCCUUUGUUGAAGAAGAAGAAUAUCCUCUCCCUCUUCCAGUGGAACAAGCCGUACCUGUUGCAGAGGAUAAAGGUGACUCCGCAUGUGUAGUGAAUAUAUGGGACAACACAAUAUUAGGUAAAAGAUUCCAAGAGAAAAAAACACAGAAAGGAAGAAAAUACACCCUCUUCAAUAGAAUGACUGUGAUAAAGCCAACAGUUGCAUUUAGGUCUUUAAAUAUCGAAGCCCUGGAGGAGAUGACAGAAAUGGAUGAGCAUGACUUUCUUUUGCACCCUGACAAAUACUUUGGAGAAAAGUCAGCAGAGAAGGGUUCUGAAGAUUUAAAGCUGUCUACCCUUUCAGCAACCCUGAAAGCUGCAUUUGAUGAAAAGAACUUAUUCCCCAAAGAAAUUCUGGACCGUGAAAAAAAAUCAAGGCAGAUGUGUGAGGAACUGUGUGACAGAGGCAGGAUAACAAAUGGGAGAAAGCAAGGGAAGUGGAAAGGAAAAUGAAUUGAGAUUUGCUUCAAAGGGAGCAUUGAUGGAAACUGGGAAAAACUGUUUUAGGAAGAAUUAACCAAAUCAGAAGAUGAUGGAAAGCUUCAAAAUCUG